AUGGCGCAAAGUGGCAACACCAAUGAUGAAUUGGCAGCGAGAAGAGAGCUUGCUCUAGGAAUUAGGAGGAAGGAUUUCCCUAACAGAAUAGAAGAUUUUCCUCAACAGAAUAGAGAAAUUUCCCUAACAGAGGGCGUGCCGUGGGCGAGGUACUCCAUCUACCGCGUGCCCAAGUCGCUGCGCGAGGGGGACGAGAAGGCGUACAUGCCCCAGGUGGUGUCCAUCGGCCCCUACCACCACGGCAAGCGCCGCCUGCGCGACAUGGAGCGACACAAGUGGCGCGCCCUCCACCGAAUGCUCCGCCGCACCGGCGGUGACGUCCGGGUGUACCUCGACGCCGUGGGCGCCCUCGAGGAGCGCGCCCGCGCCUGCUACGAGGGCCCCAUCGCCUUCAACGACAACGAGUUCGUGGAGAUGAUGGUCCUCGAUGGCACCUUCGUCCUCGAGCUCUUCCGGGGGGUGGGCGCCGCCGGGAAGGGGUUCAAGGAGCUGGGCUACGCCCGCAACGAUCCCGUGUUCGCCAUGCGCGGCACGAUGCACGGCAUCCAGCGCGACAUGAUCAUGCUCUGA